AUGACGCGAAUGCUCUUCGCUGCAGUCGCGGCAUUGAUUCCACUCGCGACAGCGCAGCGCAUCGGCUCAAUUCCCGAAAUUCACCCUCAGCUUGAGACAUGGAGAUGUUCUACCAAAAAUGGAUGUGUCAAACAUAACACUUCUGUCGUUCUUGAUGCGCUUUCCCACCCACUUCAUGCCGUAGGCAACGCCAGUGUCUCAUGCGGAACCUGGGACGGUGGCUUAAGCAAAGAGCUCUGCGCAACUAAAGAGUCAUGCGCCAAGAACUGUGUUUUGGACGGCGUCGAUUAUGCCUCCCAUGGUGUCCAGACCAAAGGCGACAGUUUGAUUCUCCAUCAGUACCAGAAGUCGAAUGGGGUUGUUUCCGCCGUUUCGCCGCGUGUAUAUCUGCUAGAUGAGUCUGGCAAGAAUUACGACAUGCUGCAGCUACUCAACCAAGAGAUCAGUUUCGACGUUGAACUUUCAUCACUUGUCUGCGGUAUGAAUGGCGCACUUUAUCUUUCGGAGAUGUUGCAGUCUGGUGGGCGGAAUAAGCUCAACCCCGCGGGUGCUCAAUAUGGCACUGGCUACUGCGACGCACAAUGUGGAUCAAGCCCAUGGAUUAAUGGCGUCGCCAAUGUUGACUCUCUUGGUGCGUGUUGCAAUGAGAUGGAUCUAUGGGAGGCAAACGCUCGCUCCACUGCUCUAACUCCUCACGCUUGCAAUGUGACCCGGCUGUACACGUGUGAUGGCGAUGACUGCGGCAGCAGGGGAGUUUGUGACAAGUCUGGAUGCGGAUUCAACCCCUAUGCCCUCGGCGACAAAGACUAUUAUGGUUACGACAUGACGGUAGACACCAAGAAACGUUUUACCGUUAAUGGAAAAGUCAUCCACAAUGCAGUCGCAGAGGUCUCGGGCAGUGAAGUGGAUUCAAUCACCGAAGGCCUUUGUGAGAACUCCGCCAGCUACUUCCAGAAGAUGGGCGGCCUGAAGCAGAUGGGGAACGCGCUCCGUCGGGGCAUGGUUCUAAUCUUCAGUAUCUGGAAUGACUCUGGUCAGUUUAUGAGCUGGUUAGACAGUGGCAGCGCUGGUCCUUGCAAUAACACCGAAGGCAAUCCUGCCCUGAUUCAAGCACAGCACCCUGAGACUUCGGUGACAUUUUCCAAUAUCCGCUGGGGUGAUAUUGGAUCUACUUAUGCCCAUAAGAAGAAUUGA